AUGUCGGAAGCACCGUCCGUCACCAACGGGGACAUUGGAAGCCAGGCAUGCCAGACAGACCAGCCAGGGCAGUGCGACAAGUGCGACUUGGAACAGUCGAUGGAGGGAAAAGGGCCACCAGGGCAGGAGGGCAUGGAGGGUAAGCCGAAGCCCAAGUCAGGAGGCCUCCCAAAGAAUCGCAAGAAUCCAAACGCUCGGCCAAAGAGACCUGCGAAAGCAGCCGCAAAAGCGGCAACUCGGCAUGAUGGACCAGUUCGGCAAGGCCCCCAAGGCUUUGGACCGGAAGUCUCCCUACGCCCCCAGCCUUUCUUGGAGAGUGGGCUGGUGCCCCCUUGGAUGCACCCUUGGGGGCCUUGGCCACCACCUGGCAUGAUUCUAGGCCUCCGUCCGUUCUCUCAGGUGCAGCAUCCCGCAGCAGACCUGACCUUUCGACAGUGUGCAGGUUCGCAGCCACAGGGCUCCAAACCAUCACAUCCAACACAAGCUCUGCAACACAGCCAGCCAAAUCAGCUGCAGCAGCGCCUGUGGCACCAGAUGGCCAUGAAUAGGGGGCUGCGAGAUGCGCUGUCAUCUCAAGCUUGCCCAGCUCGACAAGCACCUCCCUCGUCUAUUUGGGACGUGUUCAUUGAUAAUAACUGUGAUCCCGGUGAAUCGCGAAGCUCCAGGGGUUCUUCCUACCCGCAGAAAGCUAUGGAGGACUUGCUUAAACCGUACCUGGUCGCAUCAAGCAUGAUGCGAAAGGACACGCUCACAAACUGCGAAGCUGCUUCAGAAUGCAGCACUGCAGAUACUACUACCACUUCUUGGAUGGCCUUCCAUGCAGAUGAAGCAGCUUUGGCCGAAAGAAUCGCGGCCGUCCUCAUGGAUCGUGAGAGUGCUAGCAUUCCGGGCUCUGAUGUGCUGCCAUCAGCCCCACAAGGCUCAGAUCUUCAAUGCCAGAAGUCAUGA